UCCCCGUGGCAGCGCGCUCUCUGCCAGUACUCACGCGAACCUGCUGCUAACCAUUAGGAGUCCUCUUUCAGCGAUGCGCACAAGUUACUGAAAUUUCACGGAUUACCGUCACUGGCCGACUGCAGACUGCUCGCAGCCGACCAACCGAGCCGCUAGUGGAAGAGAAAAUGAGAGAACCGACGUCAAGCAUAGUCUGAACUGGAACACGUCCGCCGGCUGCUCGCCCGCUGCCUCGCUGUCACACACGGACACCGAAUCCCGACGGCUCCGGUGGUGGUGGGGGGAUUUUCCAGCCGUCAUCACCGCGACCGGCCGGUAAAAUGUUAAGCUUGGAGCAAACAGAGCCCCGAUUUUUUUCUUAAAUUGUGUUGUGUUUUUUUUCCCAAUAGGUGUAGAUAAUUUUUAUAUGAGAGUGUGAUGUAAAUUUGGCUUAGGUAAUCCGGACAUUUGUAAAUAGGCAAUAAAAAUCCCGUUUACAGUCAGUAUAUUUAAGCUACCCUUUUUUAAUUAAAUCAACGCAGGACUGAUGAGGUAUGACGUUACAUUCAGAUUCACUUGAAGAUCUUCAGAGAAAAAAAUCUUCAGCUUUCACAGGAGAUGUGAAAACCCCUGGAUCAGUGUGCUGCUUGACAAACAUGUCAAUUCCUUUGGGUUCUGCUACACAAGUGGAUUUUGACAAACAUGUAGAAAAAUUAGGAUAAGGACACUAGAGACAAAAGCUAUUCUUUAGUGCCUGUGCUGUCAUCCUUAUGAAUUACUGAGUAGAAUAUUAGAAUAAGACACAAAUGAGGAAAAAGUAGACAAGAGGGGGAGAAAGUCUGCAAUCUAAACCAACUGUAACCUGAAUCACAGAUAAAGAACCUUCCAGAACAAAAGUGGUGACUGGUUGACCACAGAAACAGAGAGAGACGGGGACUGACGGAGGAGCAAGGGUUUGGAGGAGGAGGCGAAGGAGGAAGUCUCGAAGGUUUGGGAAAGACCUUUCUCCAUGGCUACAGACCCAGGAGAGCCCACAGGCACUGAGGACUCAUCUGAGAAAGCUGAUGGAAAGAAGGAGGAGGACAAGCAGCGGGAGGUCAGGAGAGACCAACAGAGGGAGAGGACACCUAACACCUUUUUGGGCCUCCCCUCCUCCCAGGCUCAAAUGGACACAGAGAAAGGAGGAGACGACAGAGGAGGAGGAAAUGGAGAAGCUGCCUUUCAGAAGCUUGGAGAGACUCCGGUCCUAAUCCCUAUGCCUUCAGUUCCUGUCGAUACUGGUCAAAAACGGCAGAGACGGGAAAAGCGUUUCUUCAGAAAGAGUGUGGAGAUCUGUGAUGCGGAUGAUGAGAUAGGCAUGCCUCCUGACGCCCCCCACAGUGCUCCCCACCUGGAGCUGCACUCCACAGAUUCAGUCUUUGACAGUGCACAGCAGCAAGGGGCUGCUUCUUCCUGUGUAGCCUUGGGGCAUGACCCCUCUCAGGGCCAUGAACCUGGGAAAGAUGUUCCUCCAUCUGCACCCACCCCGAGUGUGAGAGAGAGGGACCGUGAACAGGAGGAGGAAGCAGAGAUGAAGGCAGUAGCCACUUCCCCUGGUGGAAGGUUUCUUAAGUUUGACAUUGAACUGGGCAGAGGAGCCUUCAAGACUGUGUACAAAGGCCUUGACACGGAGACCUGGGUGGAAGUGGCUUGGUGUGAACUACAGGACCGUAAGCUGACCAAGGCAGAGCAACAACGCUUCAAGGAGGAGGCAGAGAUGUUGAAAGGUCUUCAACACCCCAACAUAGUCCGCUUUUAUGAUUCCUGGGAAUCUGUGCUGCGUGGAAAGAAGUGUAUUGUACUGGUCACUGAGCUAAUGACAUCAGGAACACUUAAAACCUACCUUAAGCGCUUCAAAGUGAUGAAACCCAAAGUCCUGAGAAGUUGGUGCAGACAAAUUCUGAAGGGUCUUCACUUCCUCCACACCAGGACUCCACCGAUUGUGCAUCGGGACCUCAAGUGUGACAACAUUUUCAUAACAGGCCCCACAGGGUCAGUUAAGAUAGGUGACCUAGGACUGGCCACUCUUAUGAGGACCUCCUUUGCAAAAAGUGUCAUAGGAACCCCAGAAUUCAUGGCUCCAGAGAUGUAUGAGGAGCACUAUGAUGAAUCGGUGGAUGUUUAUGCCUUUGGUAUGUGUAUGCUGGAGAUGGCUACUUCAGAAUACCCCUAUUCUGAAUGCCAAAAUGCUGCUCAGAUCUAUCGCAAAGUCACAAGUGGUAUAAAACCAGCCAGCUUUGAUAAAGUCAAUGACCCAGAAAUCAAGGAAAUCAUUGAAGGCUGCAUUCGUCAGAACAAAAGCCAGAGACUCUCUAUCAGAGACCUCCUGAAUCAUGCAUUCUUUGCAGAGGAUACAGGAGUAAGAGUGGAACUGGCAGAAGAGGACAACGGAGCCCAGGAUUGCCUCGCUCUCCGGAUUUGGGUGGAAGACCCAAAGAAGUUGAAGGGGAAACACAAGGACAAUGAGGCCAUUGAGUUCACCUAUGACCUGGAGAAUGACAUUGCUGAGGAAGUAGCUUUGGAAAUGGUGAAGUCAGGCUUCUUUCAUGAGAGCGAUGCAAAGGUGGUGGGAAAAUCCAUCCGGGAUCGAGUGAAUCUGAUCAAAAAGUCAAGAGAGCGUCGACAGCAGCAGCUUACUCAUCAAGGCUUUGAUGACAGAAGGGAUUCUACUGUCACCUCUUAUGUUUUUUCUUACCCUUCAUGCCCAUCCUCACUAGUGGUUGGGGCAGUUGGACAAACAGGAGGCGGUGAAAGUGGAGCUGGAGGAGUGGUUCAGGAGUCUGAGGAGCUGCCUGAAGUUGACCAGCAUGUCAUGCAGCAACAUAUCCUUGGUGCGACAACUCUUAGCUUGCCAGAAAUUGAAAUUGUUGGGUCUGCCAGCUGUGAGUCAUAUGCAAGUGGACAGAGCCUGGCACUCUCUCUACAGGGAGAAACUUAUUCCCACUCCCAGAUAACUCCUCAACCAUUGCUAUCUGUCACUGGUGCAUCGGCUGAAACUCAAAUACUCUGCACUGACGAGACUGGAAGUGUUCCAAAUCUGCCUCUUGUUCAGAGCGUUAGUAUGUCUAACGUUUGCAUUCCCAAGACUGAAGGAGGAUCUGUUGGCCAGACAUUUCUUCAACCCAGUCCUGUUGUUCCACAGAUAUCCCCGAGUGUACCGCCACAAUAUCUUCAGUCACAAACAUUUCCAUCAGAUGCAUUCCAACCACUCACUGCUCAUGGAUCCAUGGCUCCCUCACAGUCAAACACACCUCCCAUUCCUCCCCAAGCUCCCAUUGGUGUUUUCCCCACAUCUAUGUCUGUCAGUGACCCUGCUGGAAUUACAGGGACCGCUAUGCUCCACACUCAGCUACCUGCUUCUCCCAUGCAGCAGGCUGACAUUAUUCCCCAUUCCACUCCCCAGCAAACACAGUGUUUUGUUAUUCCACAACAGUGCAUUAUUACACAACAGCCAGACAUGGUUUCCCAGACCUCCACCCAUCAGCAGCAACCACCACAACCCACAUCAGUUGAACAUCAACAGAUUAAUGCAACUCAGCUGCCUCCAGAAAAGCAGCAUCAUAGCCUUCCAGCUACAGCUAUCCAAAAGCAUCACCGCGAGCCGGAGCAGGAGAUUUUUGUACAGCAACCUGUUCAAAAUGUCCAGUCAACUCCUCAACAGCAAGUGAAGACCACACAAACAAGCAUGGAGCCUCAAGCUUUGUCAGUGCCUCGGCCAGGGGAACAACCUCAGGUUUAUAAACUGCAACCAGCAGGAGAAACAUGCGAGCAGACAGUCAGACAAACACAACUACAGCAUCAGCUUCAGCAACAGCAAUCUCUUUUACAACAGCAGCAACAGCUACUUCAACAGCAACACCUGUUGCUCCUUGAACGACACCCAUUGUAUGUCCAGAAGCUUGAUCAGCAGCAACAAAUGACUCUGCUUCAACAACAGGAGCACCAGACACAGCUGCAACAACAGAAAGUGCUGCAACACAAACAAAUCAUUGAUCAGCAGCAAGCUUCUCUAUAUCAGAGGUAUGAACAGCAACAGCUAAGUCUUCUGCAUCAAGGACAACCUACACAAGCACAAGUGCAACAACAACCACAGAUACCUUCACAACAACAGCAGAUACAACAGUUAUAUCAGCAAACAGGGCAGCAGCAGGAAGGAAUAACUCUAACAGAAGCAGAAACACAAGAACAAAGUGGACAACAGCAGCAAAACACUACACUGCAGCAACAACCUCAGCAAACACAGCAGAAUUGUGAACAAGUACAACAGCAAACCAUAUUCCAACAGAUAGAACAGCAACAAGCAUUAAUCCAGCACCACUUGCAAAAGCAGUUAAUUUUAAAGCAGUCCCAGUUGCAACAGGCAGCUCAGCUGCAACAGCAAGAACUGCAACAAAUACAACUUGAACAAAACUUGGAGCAUCUUCAGCAGCAAGCUCUGUUGCAAAAGCAGCUUGAAAAACAACUUCAAAAUCUCCCCUCAGACAAACAAAGUGCUGAAUUUUUACAGCAGCAGGCUCAAAUGAAGCUUCAAACUCAAGAGAAACAGCAGCAGCAACAAGCUGCCAUCAUUCAGCAUCUGCAUCAAGCUGACAAACAAGAACCUGUGCCUACACCUCAAAGCAGCAGUGAGCUGCAGAUUCCGCCACAAUCUGCUAACAUGCAACAGAUGUGUAACCCCCAACUUACCACUUUUCAGUCUGCAGAGCAGUCAGCUAAGCAAGAUACUAUGGAGCAACGGCAGCAGCUAGCACUUAUUCAGCAGCAAGCUUUUGUUGCUCAGCCACAGCACCACACCUCCACGGCAACCAAUCGAACAGUUGGUGUUCCUGUGACCAUUGAAGGACUACAAGACCAAACUGACGUAAUCUCUCAAGUACAGGUCCCAGUGACCAUACAGACUACCCCCAUUCCUGUCCAGACAGCUCCUGUUUUCUUAGGACAGCAAGGACAAAGUCCAUUUCACCCCCAGAACCAGAUUCCAGCCCAGUUUUUAGUCCAGACUGUGCCCCAAGCCUCUCAAACUACAACUGUGGUCAGUGUAUCUGCCCCAACAGCCGUGAUCCAAGGACAAACGCAAGUCUUGCAGGCACACCAAAUUCCUUUACAGGCUAGUUAUCCUGGACCUGUAACUCCUACUCAGGCUCAGGUAACUGCUCAGUCAUUUAUCCAGACUCAGCCUCAACAUACAACUAUUCUACAGCUCCAGCCUGCACAUGGCAAAGUCCCAGACAUCAAUACUCAGAUGAUGGGCCAACAAAACCAAACCACUGCCCAACUUUCAGCUGCAGUUUCUUCUCUUCCAAGUCCAGUACAGCAAGAGACUUACAUUCAGCAAGGUGCUCUAAUGAAGAGCCCCAUCCAGCCCAAACUCCAACAAGAAAUUCAAGGCCAACCGCCUUGUCAGCUGCUUUCUCACCCUGGCCUAAUGAUCCCACAGUUUGUCUCACAACCUCCCCACCAAGACAUACCAUCUGUGCAGCACAACAUGACUCAUGCUUUGCAAAAUCAGGUGCAUCAGCAACCAGUAAUGCAGCAUCAGCAGAUGAUUCUGUCUCCGGGCUCGGCUGAGAGUGCUGUAACAACCACUGAGAGUCUUGCUCAGUCAGCUGACCCUGUUAGCGUUCAUGUUGCUCCUCUUCCAGUGCAAACUGGUCAAGGAAUAGUUCCAGGACAAGCAGCACUAUAUCCAGUUGCUGCAGUGCACCAAGCGUUAAUUGGAAGCUCUGCAGACUCUACCAUCAUUCAGCCCACCUCUAAGCCAUUUAUGCCUCAGCCUGCUGAGCAGCCUCAGCAACAAAACCAAAAUCCAGUCCAUCAACCCCCAGGAAACUCUACUGCACCACUUCAGUUACCAGCACAGCCCAUCCAAACUCCCAACCAGCAGCCAUCUCUUCCACAACAAACCUUGACAACACUUGACAAAAGUCAGCUUCCUUCUCAGUGCCCUUCACAUGUGUUGAUACAGCCCUCUGCACAGUCAGGACCCAGUAAUGUUUCCAUGCCUCAGUCACCCACUAAGACUCUCCCUCUGUAUAGUCACUUAGUAACAGGGACCCCUUCAUCUCCAGAGCAUCAUGCCAAGCAGCUUCUCCCAGCCCACACACAUACACAAACCUGCAUUCAGGCCCAGACACACUCUCAAACACAGACACUGGUUCAAACACAGACUCAUUCUCACACUCAGACAGACCACAAGACACCAGAUUCUGAAGAAUCUCUUUUGCUUAGAGCUAUGUCUGAGGUGCAACAACUGCCCCUGAGCCCUUCAUGUCCCUCCACAACACUACCAUCUGCACUACCCCAACAACCUGUCCCUGCUGCAGAGCUUUCUACAUCUUCGCAACUAGCCCAAGUAUCUUUACCAGGGCAGGCCAGCUUUGUACCUACCUCCCCUCAGCCUGCCUCUGCACAACGAUUGCUUGACUCUAAUGCUCCCAAACCCUCCCAAGCCUCGCUGCAAGACUGUGACAUUUCCCUGCUGGGCACCGCUCAGGAUGGGCCAUACCUGGCAAGCGCAGAAUGUCACUCUUCGACAGGGUCUGCUUCAGUAAAUGGAGAAGACAUUCAGCACAAUUUGGGAAAUGGAAAAUCUGAGAAGUCAAAAUCUCAGAAAAAGGCUUCCUCUCAGAAACCUGAGAAAGGUUCACAUCAAUUUCAACUGAGCAUGCUCCAGGUGUCUGGGAAGGGAGACAAUUUGGUAGAGUGUCAGUUAGAGACUCAUAGUAACAAAAUGGUGACAUUCAAAUUUGAUAUUGAAGGAGAUGCACCUGAAGAUAUUGCAGAUUACAUGGUAGAGGAAGACUUUGUCCUAGAUUUAGCGAAAGAGAAAUUUGUGGAGGAGCUUAGAUCAAUUGUGAAAAAAGCCCAAGAAAUUCUUCAGACCCAUACACAGACUGGAUCAACUGACCAGUUACAAGUGAGCACUCCCUCCACCUCUGUAGUGGAGUCGGUCCCCCAGUCAUCACCAGUGGGACGCUGGCGCUUCUUUAUCAACCAGACCAUUCGUCACAGAGACUCCCUGUCUAGCCAGGGUGCAGUCACACCACCACCAACUGUUGAGACAAAAAUCCCACAGUCUCCUCAAAAGGAUGAAGAACAAUAUGCAUCCCAGACUUUUGAAUCCUUUACUCAAAAGGUUUCUUCCCCCCACAACACCCUCUCCUCUGCCUCAUCUCCAGCCUCUGCUGUUCCUGUCCCUGGCUCAGCCUCUGUAGCUGACACUAUGGCCUUUGAAACCAUCUCUGGACACGCCUCUGCUCUGGUCAUUGCCCCUUCAGUUGACCAGAUUCCCAGUUGUCUUUCAACUACAGCAAACCCAACCCCUGCUAAUGUCCCCACCUUGAACGCCACUCCUACUCUCAUGUCUCCCCCAACCAACACCAUAGUUUCCAGUAACCUUACCCCUGCAGUCACCAGUGUUUGCUCCAUUCUAGGUCAGAGUAUAGAAGAUGCAUCAAGGCUAUCAGCAGUUGAAAAGUCUUCAACCUCUUUUCAUUCCACUCCUGUGGCUGCAGUAAGUCAACAUGUUCCCAUUGAGGAACAGCAGACAUUUUCCCAAAUGGCCACCACAGUGCCACUGCAAUCACAGCUACAAGUGCAGCCUGCCUCACAGCAACAAGCAGCAACACAACCACAGCUGUUAACACUGCAGUUUGAACAACAGAUACAGCAGUUAACACCAAAACAACAGCUAUCGGAAUGCCAUGAAAACCCAGAUCAAAGUUUGCUGCAGCAAGAGCAGCCACUGCUGCAGGAACCACAACUGCUGCAAAGGCAUACAGCUGUUCAACAACUUCCUGAGACAUUGGUGUUACCUCAGUCAAUUCAAAGGGAGUUGCUUCAACCAUCUGCACAGUCACUACAGAUUCUGCAACCAUUGCCCCUACAGCAAUCCCAGCCACCACAACAGCAACCAUUUCAAUAUGCUGGACAAAUGAUUCAGGACUCUCUGAUUCAGCAGCUACCACAGCAAGUUCUGACACCUCAGUCUCUUAUAGUCUCCCAGCAGCAGGAGCCACAGCAUCAACAGGUAGUCUUGCAACAGAUGAUGCAGCAAAAGCAAAUGUUGCAGCCUCAGCUGCAGCAACAACAGCACCAACUCUUUGUAGGUGUAGCAGCUCAAGGUCAAAUGUUGCCGACAUCCAUAAGUCAACAGUUUCUCCAACAGCAGGCACAGCUAAAUGUUACCCCUUUACCACAACAUCAGAUUUCACAACCGAGUCAAAUGCCUGCAGAGCCUGUGCAACCACAAGCACUGCUUCAACACUCUGAGCAACAAUACGAUAGGACUAAAACCACAGAUUCGUCUCAGAAGCAGCUGCAGUUUGCAAGUCAGAAGCAGUCCUCUUUACAGAUGUCUGAAUCAGAGGGCUCUACAGGAGAGACGAGCAUCACGGAGGACACAGGCAGCUUUUCUGGCCCGCUUCACCCUUCAUCUGAUUCCUCUCUGCCUCCACUCCAUCUCGCCUCGGCUGAACCCCACCUACCCAGCCUUUCCCUAACAAUGACACCAUCCCCUGGUCAGCCGUCCUCCGUGGCUGAGUCAGACAGUGAAGGUCCCCCAAAAAUUGAAUUUGUUGAUAACCGUAUUAAGACUUUGGAUGAAAAGCUGAGGAACUUAUUGUAUCAGGAGUACAGCAGCGGGGGAACGCUGCCUGGAGCUGCCUCUAUUUCUACAUCAGCUGCCUCUAUGUCAGCUGGAGGCGAUGAAUUGUCUGAGCCCCAGGCACUCCAACGUUUGUCUUUUCACCCACCAGCCACUUCCUCAGACACCUCCCCCCAUACCCCAUCCUCAACUACCUCCUCCACCACUCCCCGUUCCUCUUCUACCUCUCCUGAUCCAGAGAGAGGUAGAGGGGAAUAUGAAGCUUUGUCAGAAGUUGGAAACCUUGUUCUGUCUGAACCUGUAGAGCAGCAACCCAUCCCCUCUGUCCCCUCUGCUUCUGCCUCAUCCACCAAGCCCAUUUCUUUCUGUGCUCCCAGUAAGGAUGGUACUGCUGGAUCCCAGCACUUACUUGUAUCAGGAGAACCAACUGUACCUGCUGUACACCCACACUCUGACACCAGUGCCGUCGGAGAUUCAUCAUGGCCUUUCAGUCAGCAAUCGAUCUCCCUCCAGCAUGGACAGCAGCAGCACAAUGCAGGAGGUGGAUAUUUUGGCCUAAACCUGACAUGUCCUAGUAUCAGAAAUCCGGUUAGCAAGAAAUCCUGGACUCGAAAAUUCAAAAACUGGGCAUGCAAACUGCGCCACUCCGCCAGCUUGUUCAAGAAGCCCAGUGUCCCACAAGAGGGAUAUUUGUGCAGUGAGGCACUUGACGAUGACAAGAAGGAGACACCAUUAAGCUCACCUGAGCUGUGCAAAGGUCGAUUUCAGGUGAAUCCAGUCCCCCACAGCUCCCCUCCAAAGGAUCUGCCUUCAGGUCAGAGUAGCACUCAUAGGAAAGUGGGACGUUUCUCUGUAAUGCGGACCGUGACAAAGAAAGAAGACAGACAAACUGACAGCUCACCAGUGUCUCCUGAUUUGGGACGCGAUAGGAGGAAAACUCAGGCAAAAGAAUGGGACAAAGAAGACUGCAAGAUGACCCCAUUGAAGGGCCAUCCUUCUCGUGGUUUUGGGCACAGCCACUCUCCACUUGGCAGCAGUGAUGAUGAUGAUGAGAGUGAGCUAGAAGAUGAAGGGCUUAGAAGAGAACUUCAGAUGCUAAGAGAAAAGCACAUCAGAGAGGUUGUUUCCCUUCAAGCCCAGCAGAACAGAGAACUUCAAGAGCUCUACAGACAGCUUCGUUCUCUCAAAGACCAAAGACAAAGUUUACCUGCCUCUCUGUGCCGAACUCCUCCUCUUCCUGCUGCUCUGCCUGUCGUUUCUCCACGCAGGUCCCGGAUGGCCAAAGCUAAGCUUCGCUCCCGACCCCACUCUCACAUGGACAACAAUGGAGUUCCAUACUCUGGGAUUCAGCAGUCAAGUAGUUUUUUGGGUGGCAAACAGGGUAGACUCCUCUCUGUAGUGCCUGAUAGAAAAGAUCACAGCCCAUCAAGGAAAAGCACAUUCACUGAUGAACUGCACAAACUUGUUGACAAUUGGACAAAGGAGGCAGUAGGUCCUGCUCCAAUCAAGCCAUCUCUGAAUCAAAUCAAACAGAUUCAGCAGGUACAGGGAGGCUGGAGCCAGUCUGCAGAGGUGGGCCGACCAGGUUGGUUUCCAGCAGCCCAACUGAACCCCCAGGCACCUUUAGCCUCCUCUCCUUACGCAGGUGGAGGAACCCUGACCACCCUGGCCUCUCCGGUUCCUCCAGCCCCACAAUCACACAUGGGUCAAGUACCGCAGAUGCAUCAGAGUUUACACCUCCAUCAGCCUCCCCCCCUUCAGCAGAUGACCUAUCAGCAGUCUCCUAUGUGCCAGCAAAUGCCACAACCUCGGAUGCAAACCUCCAUACAGUCACAGGUGCAACCCACCAUCUUGCUGCCCCAACCAACACCUCAAAGCCAACCGCUGCUGCCUUCCCAAAUCCAAAUCCCAGUGUCCACGGCCACGUCGCUGCUGCAUGGAGGUGGACCCACCGUACCCACUGACAGCACCGCAGCUAUUGGGGGUGUAUUUUGCUCCUGUUCCUCCCCCUCGUCUACCUGUUCUUCAUCUUGCUCAACUGCUGCUCUACCUUCCAGUGCCAAAAUUCACCCAACAACCCCAACCUCUACUCUUCCUUUGGGACAAAAAUAAAACCAAGAGAUUUGAGAAAUAAAUGUGAAGCUCCAAGAGAUGGCGAUACCCCAGUGAUUUGAAACAUAAAUCACAUUCAUUUUGGAGUGAUAAUUAAGUGGUAUAUGUGUGGGUAACCUGUGAGUGAAGUGAAUAUAUGUAUUUCAGCAUGGUUCUUAGCCUCCUCUCCUUAUGAGGAAAGGAGGUUCCUGUGAAAGAAAAAAAAAUAACAGAUUAAUAUAAAAUUCAGCUGCUGGGGUUACAGAUGAUUGGAUGUUGAUGUGUAAACGUCUUUAAUGUAUGGGUGGGUGCAUUUAGGAGUGUGGCUGCAGUAUUUGUUGAAUAUUUGAGAACAUAUCACAUGAUGAUGUCCUUGGAUGGAAAAAAAAUCUUUUUACCUGCAAACCAACUCCGCCGGACCUGGAGCGUCUGAAAGCCGAGACAGUGAGGACAAAUAAUUUUACUGUGGCAUUAUUUUUGGCUCAGUCAGCCAACGCUUACAGUGAAAGAACUAUCACGUUUAAAAGUGCAAUUAGUAAUGGUCAUCUGAGUUGAUCAGCAUGUAUUGUAUUAAUCAAUUUGUCUGAAAAAGCAUACAACUUUUUUGUAGAUACAGUGAUUAUUGCCAGAUCAAUACAUACAUUUUAAUGUUUUUUUUAAACUAGGUUUGCAGCACAAUACAUAAUGAAGAUAAAUUAAACAGAAAAUUACAUAAUUAAGCUUGGUCGACCUGUGCGCCUACUCUCAUCUCACACAUGUAGUGUUGUGUUUUCUACGGCUUGUCAUUUGUCUUUGUAAUAAUACAAGUUUAAAAUUAUACAUUGAUUCAUUGAAAUCGUGCUCAGUAAACACCUGGAUACUUUCCACUCAAUUCUGCAAGACCUCAUGAUAUGUCUCAUUUUACCUGAGUGGAAGCUGCUUCCACUUGCAGUACACCCACAAUCUCUGUGUAGUUUGGAGCCUAAAAAGGUAAACAUGGUGUCCUAGAUACAAUCUGAUUUCUCCAUAUCAAGUUAAGCGGGGGUUGUGCUAAAGAGAAAGAGGGAGAAAAAAAAGAAAAGGUCAAGGUCAUACAAACUAGGGAAACCAUGCUGAAUUAGUUAUUUCAAUGUUACUUUUGAUAACCGUGUUGUCGUGGGUGCAUGACUGUCUGUUUAAAAGAGAGCAAAUGGUGAGAGUCACAUUAAUCUGUAAAAUGAAUUGCAUCUUUUUCUUUCAUUGAAAGCAGCUUCUCAGAUGUCACUGUGCUCACUCACUGUGUGGAAAUGUUUACUCUGCCUGUGUUCUAGGCUUGCCUCCUCAGACGACAGAAAGUAAUAAAAGCUAUUAGGUCUUAAUGGUUGUAAGUUUGAUGUUAAAUAUGGUUGAGAAUACUUCACACAUUGAGUUAUUGCAAUGCCACAUAAAAGUGCUAAUGCCCUUUGACGAUUUUACACACAAACAACCACAAACUUCACUGCAUUUUAUUUAGAUUUUUUUAUUAUUUAAAAAGGAGUGUAUAAUUGUGAAGUGGAAGGAAGUUUGUUUUUUAAACAUUUUUUCUACAAAAUAGUGGAGCAUUCACAUGAAUUAAUCCACUUAAAUUAAUACUUUGUAGGAACAAGUUUUCCAGCAAGGCUUUGCAUAUCUAGAGACUAAACUUUUUGCCUAUUUUAUUCUCAAAAUAGCUGAAGCUCAGUCUGAUGUGAUGAAAAGUUUUUGUUGACAUCGGUUUGCAGGUAUUGUCAGAUGCUCAGUUGUAUUUAGGUUUAGGCCAUUCUAAUACAAACAUUGUCUGAUCUAAACUGUUUUAGCUCUGGUUGUAUGUUUCGGAUUGUUGUGAAGGUGAACAUGCACGUGAUUCUCAAGAAUGGCGGCUUCCAUAUUUAACGCCUUUUAAUUUUCUCAUCAACUCUGACCAGCUUUCCUUUCAAUGCUGAUGAAAAGCUUUCUUACAGCUUGUUGCCACCAUUUUCAUAUUGGGCAUUCCGUGAUCAGAGUGUCAGAGUGUUAUAAAUUUAUCACACAUUUUAAAUACAAGUUCAGUUUUACGCUCGUUCUUGCUUUCAACAGUUUACCAAUCUUGCCUCUUUCCCUUAAUAUACACAUUAGUGAAGUGCAUGACUAAUGGUGAACUAUUUGGGAUAUUUUAUAACCUAACCCUGUUUUUUAAACGACUCCACCAUUUCAUCUCUGUCCUGUCUGCUGUUAUUCUUGGUCUUCAUGAAGCUGUUUGUUCAAUAAUGUCCUCAAGCACACCUCUGAGACUUUCAGAGAAUAAGUGGAUUUAUACUGAGAUUAAGUUACACACAGGUGGAUUUUAAUUAGGUCACACCUGACAGUAAGUCAAAUGUGACCUAAUAAAUUGCACUGGAAUUUAUUUAAGGGGGAUAGAGUAAAAUGGGCUCUAUGCAAAUUCAUGCCACACUUCAGGUUUUUUAUUUUAAAAAUAUUAUAAAAGCAUUAUUUUCCUUCCACUUCACAGCUACACACUCUUAUCACAGAAAGUACAUGUAUACUUCACUGAAUUUUGUGGUUGUAAUGUGAGAAAAUGUGAGGGAGUAUGAUUAGUUUUUGAAGGCACUGUAUUUUGUUUGCCAUUGAUCAUUUUAGCCAUGAACUGUUUGGUUUUUUAUCCUAAUCUUCGAGUUGAUCAGAAGUGAAAAUGUGGAGCUUAAACAAAUUAAACCUGCAGGACCCUAUUUUUUAAAACCCAUUUCAAGUGUACAACAAUCGCAAUCAGCAUUUGAUGUAUUGCCAGUUUGUUGAUUUAAUAAUACAUUUAUACAUAGGAAUGUUUUAAAAAUUAUGGCUAUGUGUUUAUUAGCUCACUCUGUAGUCAAAGCAGAAUUCAGUUUUAUUGGUUAAAGAGAGAUUGUAAGGUUUGGAAGACAUGAGAUUGCACAAAGUCAAUCAGAUAUAAAUAACAAAUGGUUUACAGAGUAGUUGUUCAUACUAAAGGGUGUGGUUGAGAAACUACAUGCUGUAGAGUAUAAAUUCAAAGGUUUCUUGUAUUUUUAGCUUUUUGAGAAUUCCUACAUUUUUACAAAGAUGUAGUGCACUGCUAGUCAAGGUGAGAUACUGUGCUGUGAUGUCUGAUACUAACGUGUCUAACAACAUUUUUUGGGUCAUGACGAUGAAGCCUACUUUGUCUUUAUGAGUGUAACCAAAUUGUUAUCUAAAAGAUGCAGAUUAUUUUUGUAUUUUGGAACAGGAUUGUACAAACUGUAAAAAAUCUAUGCUCAUCAUUAUAAACUCAAAGUUAAUAAAAAUUAGAAAGCAUCCCUGUUUUCAUGGGGCCUCCUUAACUUGGUAUAUAACACCUUGUCAGGCAUGAUGAGGGUUUUUUCUUAUAUUUGUAGAAGAAAUUGGCAAUUUCUGACAUUUUACUUCACUGUUGAAAGCUUUGAAUUGUACUAAAAUAAUUGACACCAGCUUUCCUAUUGUUCCAGGUAGAUUAAAAUACACUAAGUAAUGCAACAACAAUCUUUGGAGUCCCAAAACAACAUGGCUAAGAAUGACUGAUAAAAGUAUAUUGGUGGGAAAAUACCAAUAUACUUUCUGGUAAAUCUAGAGAAAUACCAGAAAGUAUGUUGCUGAUGAUUAAGCCUCUGUAAAUUGUAACUAAUUUGAUUGUUGAUUUUAUUUAUGUUUUGUAACUAAUCAAAAUAAAUAUUAC